UCCAUGGAUUGUUCUUCUUCCUGGGUUUGGAGCUUGGAACUUGGAAAGUUAUGGGGGUGUUGUGGCGGGGGAUUUCGCUUCCCUUAUGGGAGACCGAGUUUCUUCUUUUCAUGAUAAAGUGUCGGAUGUCAGGAAUUUCUGCAUUGGGUUAUGUUCCUGUGAUCCAAAUGUGACGGGGUUUGAGAGAUUACAGUAAUACUUAAUGUGAAGUUACGAGUUUGUCACAAGAAACCUGUUGGGUGAAGUUCAUAUUUCUCAAACUGUAACUGUGACCUUAGGUUCCAAUUUAUUGAUUAGCUUGGAUCUUUACCAUUCCAAACUCUUAAAGCCUUGUUGAUUUUUUUCACUACCGCUUUGUGUUUGUUGAAAUGGGUCAUUCUGCGGCAGUCUGGGACCAGAGAGCUGCGGUUGAAGUUACAAAGGACUCGAAUGGAAUCGAUCAGGUUGUACUCCGUUCCCCACGAGGAGCUUCUGCUCGGGUUAGUUUGCAUGGAGGGCAGGUUGUUUCAUGGAGGAAUGAUCGUGGGGAGGAGCUCCUGUUCACUAGUAGCAAGUCCAUGUUUAAGCCACCAAAAGCCAUGCGAGGGGGGAUCCCUAUUUGUUUCCCACAGUUUGGAAACUGUGGAUCAUUAGAGCAGCAUGGAUUUGCGAGAAACAAGAUGUGGACUAUUGAUGAUAAUCCCCCUCCUUUGCACCCCAGUGAUUCCAAGGGCAAAUCUUUAAUUGACUUGCUACUCAAACCAUCUGAAGAAGAUCUGAAGUGCUGGCCUCAUAGCUUUGAGUUUCGCCUUAGGGUGUCUCUCACAGUGGAUGGAGAUCUCACCAUGAUAUCACGAGUUAGGAACAUCAAUGGAAAGCAAUUCAGCUUCUCGUUUGCUUAUCACACGUACUUCUCCGUUUCUGACAUCAGUGAAGUGAGGAUAGAAGGUUUGGAAACACUGGACUAUCUGGACAACCUUAGCCAAAGAGAACGCUUUACAGAACAAGGAGAUGCAAUCACCUUUGAAUCUGAGGUUGAUCGGGUUUAUCUCAGUUCUCCUAAUGUAAUAGCAGUUCUUGACCAUGAAAAGAAGCAGACAGUUGUUAUAAGGAAGGAAGGACUUCCAGAUGUUGUGGUUUGGAAUCCAUGGGAGAAGAAGUCCAAAGCCAUGGUAGAUUUUGGUGAUGAGGAGUACAAACAGAUGCUUUGUGUUGAUGGUGCAGCAAUUGAGAAACCAAUCACCUUGAAGCCUGGUGAGGAAUGGACAGGGCGAUUGGAGCUCUCCGUUGUCUCCUCAAGUUAUUGCAGUGAGUACCUUUGACCCCCCUCAAAGGAGUCUGGAGUUUGAAUGCGCUUUUAUACUAAAGAGCAUGGCUGUUGGUAUUUGCUGUGAUAUACCAUACCACAUGAAACCAAUAUAUGUAACAUGGACCAGAAUGAAAACAUGAUCAAACAGUUUUCAUAACCAUGUGGGUGCAAAAUCCUCAAAUAAAAUUAGAAAUGUUUUCUUAAU